AUAAACAGAGCUCCUGCAUCUCCAAGGAGCGGAAGGAUAGGAUAAUGGCUGGUGAGAAGACGGGGCUGGUGCUGCUGGACUUCUGGGUGAGCCCGUUCGCGCAGCGCUGCCGCAUUGCGCUGGCCGAGAAGGGCCUGGCCUGCGAGUCCCUGGAGCAGGAGCUUCUGGGCGCCAAGAGCGACCUCCUCCUUGGCUCCAACCCCGUCCACAAGAAGGUCCCCGUGCUCCUCCACGACGGCCGCGCCGUCUGCGAGUCCCUCGUCAUCCUCGAGUACAUCGAGGACGCCUUCCCCGGCGCGGCCCCUCUGCUCCUCCCCACCGACCCGCACGCGCGCGCGCAGGCGCGGUUCUGGGCCGACUACGUCGACAAGAGGGUGUACAGCUGCGGGACGCGGCUAUGGAAGCUCAAGGGGGAGGAGCGCGCGGCGGCGCGGGCCGACAUGCUGGAGACGCUCAGGACGCUGGACGCCGAGCUCGGCGACAAGGCAUUCUUCGGCGGUGAGGCGUUCGGGUUCGUGGACGUCACCCUCAUACCGCUCACGUCGUGGUUCUACAGCUACGAGAAGCACGGCGGGUUCAGCGUCGAGGAAGAGUGCCCGAGGCUGGCGGAGUGGGCGCGGCGGUGCGGGGAGAGGGAGACCGUGGCCAAGGUCCUGACGCCACCGGAGGAGGUGCACGACUUCAUCGGCCUGCUCAAGAAGCACUACGGCCUCGAGUAGUCAGCUGGCUGGUGGAUGCGUGGCGAACUGUUUGCUUUCAUGGAGUUUGGCUCGAGUCUGCUCUUGUUUGUGUUUAAUUUGAGUCUUAGGGCCUGUUCUGAUCUCCUCCAACUUCAGAAAACUUCUCAAAAACCAGCUUCUCACGCUAGCUUCUACUCUGCCUGGCGAUCGCGAUACGUUCGGCUCGAUCGAUAGCUUCUUCGAG